AUGGCUUCGCAAGGCCCUCUGUACAUAGGCUUCGAUCUCUCGACGCAGCAAUUGAAGGGUCUCGUUGUGGCCUCGGACCUCAAGGUCGUCCAUAUUGCGAAAUUCGAUUUCGAUGUCGAUUCGAAAGGGUUCGAUGUAAAGAAAGGAGUCCUUACCAAUGAAGCCGAACACGAGGUGUUCGCGCCCGUGACUAUGUGGCUGCAAGCGUUGGAUCAUGUCCUGCAACAAUUAAAAGACCAAGGCCUAGAUUUUAGUCUGGUGAAGGGCGUUAGCGGGGCAGGGCAGCAGCACGGCAGUGUCUAUUGGAAUAGCAACGCGGAGACGACGUUAAAUGGCCUAGAUGGCGGGAAAACGUUGGAGGAGCAGCUUGGAGCGGCGCUAUCCUACCCUUACAGUCCCAAUUGGCAGGAUGCGAGCACGCAAAAGGAAUGCGAUGAGUUUGAUGCGUUUCUUGGGAGUAAAGAGAAACUAGCCCAGGUCACUGGGAGCAAAGCCCAUCAUAGAUUUACGGGCCCCCAAAUCUUAAGAUUCCAGCGGAAACAUCCCAAAGAGUAUCAGGAAACAUCGCGCAUAUCACUUGUCUCGUCGUUCCUAGCUUCGGUACUUCUAGGUCGGAUCGCGCCUUUUGACAUCUCUGAUGUCUGCGGAAUGAACUUAUGGGACAUGCAGAGAAAUGCUUGGAAUGACGACUUGAUUAAAUUCUGUGCCGGAAAGUAUGGCGUAGAUGAGCUGAAGAAGAAACUGGGCGACGUGCCGCAUGAUGGCGGCUUACAUCUCGGAAAGAUUCACAAGUACUUUGUCGAACGCUACGCAUUUCAUCCCGACUGCACUGUAUUACUCUCCACUGGGGAUAAUCCCUCAACAAUUCUCGCACUUCCAUUGAGGCCCUUGGAUGCCAUAGUAUCUUUGGGAACUUCAACUACAUUUCUCAUGUCGACUCCAGAGUACAGGCCAGAUCCUUCAACCCAUUUUUUCAACCACCCAACCACGCCUGGCCUCUAUAUGUUCAUGCUUUGCUAUAAGAACGGAGGACUUGCUCGUGAGCAAGUCAGGGACGCAAUAAAUGAUAAACUAGGAGCUGGACAUUCUUCAAAUUCAUGGGAACAUUUCGACCGAAUCGUGUUAGAGACACCUGUCACUGGACAAGAAAAUGAUUCCGAUCCGAUGAAAAUGGGACUCUACUUCCCCAGACCUGAAAUUGUGCCAAACCUUCGCAAUGGUGAAUGGCAUUUCAAUUAUAAGCCCGAAGACCACAGCCUCCAGGAAAAUUCCGACGGCUGGAAUCGCCCAUUUGACGACGCCCGUGCGAUAGUAGAAAGUCAAAUGCUCUCACUCCGACUACGUUCUAGGGAUCUUGUUCACAGUCCCAAAGAAGGUGUUCCGGCGCAGCCUCGUCGGGUAUACCUGGUAGGCGGAGGCUCCCGUAACCAUGCUAUUGCCAAGGUUGCCGGAGAAGUCCUAGGGGGAGUGGAAGGGGUAUAUAGAUUGGACGUUGGGGAGAAUGCGUGUGCAUUGGGAGCCGCGUACAAAGCCGUUUGGGCAGUUGAGAGGUCACCAGGCCAAACAUUUGAGGACCUGAUCGCACAGAGAUGGAGAGAAGAGGAAUUCAUUGAAAGGAUUGCCGAUGGAUACCAGCCGACUACUUUUGAUAAACACGGAAAAGCUGUGGAAGGCUUUGAGAUGAUGGAGAAGCAAGUGCUGAAGCAAGAGUCUCAAAGAACUAGUUAA